AUGCCCAACGAAGUUCCCAAGGUGGACGAGCUGGGUGUCAGCUCGGCACCACUCAAGAGCGCCUCGUUUUACAUCGGAACUUUCUGCAAGCCGUACUCAGAGGACUUUAUGCUCUGUAAGGCCGAAGAUCAAAACCCCGAACACUGUUUGAAAGAGGGCCGUCGGGUGACCCGAUGUGCUCAAGAGGCUAUCACCAAAAUCAAAGCGGCCUGUCUGGACGAAUUUACGUCGCAUUGGAAAUGCCUCGACCGGAAUAAUCAUGGGUUUGAGUUUUGCCGAAAACCGGAAAAAGAUUUGAACGCCUGUUUGUUUCAAAAACUGCAAUUCAAAAAAGAAAUUCCAGGUACUCCAAGUGGACAAGUGCCUAUUCACGAGAAGAAGAACCCAAUCUACGGCCCCAUCCAACGAUAA